AUGGAGCUGUGCGCAAGAUGCAGCUCCAUCACCCUCGGCGCUCUGAGGCAAGACUUGCCUGCCCGCCUGGCGUCUCGAUCGGGGUCCAAGCAGGGCAUGGUGUUGCGUGAAGAUGGCUCUACCCUGGCCCGGUCGGCAACAGAUUGCCGAUUGUGUGCCCUUAUUCAAGAGGCCCUCUUGAGCAGCCUCCAAAGCUCCGUCAGCGAGGGUGGUCCACAAGCGACGCUUUCAUUAGCUCCGGACGCCGUCGUUCUCGAGCCAAAAUCAGACUCCCAGGGAUCGACAUUUCCUGACCCUCCAACCGGGGGCUCGCAUCUGACGGGGUUCAAUGUCACUGCAACCGAGUCAACCACUGGACAGCUGCUGCAGGCCAAGGUCCGGCUCUACACAGACGGGAAACGAGGCCGACGUGGAAGAUAUGCGUCUUUGAGCCAUUGCUGGGGCUCUUCUGGGAGGCCGCCCUUGAAGACAACUCAGGCUAACCUCCAGAAGCAUCUUCAAGACAUUCCCUGGGCUUCGAUUCCAAAGACGUUUCAAGACGCGAUAACCGUUGCUCGCAGUAUAGGUCUCGCUUAUGUCUGGAUCGAUUCGCUCUGCAUUGUGCAAGAUGACCAUCAGGACUGGUUGAAAGAAUCAAAGCGCAUGGGCUCUAUAUACGAGCAGGCUGAAGUCACUAUCGCUGCUUCUCAUACCCCGGGCUGCUGGGAAGGAUUCUUCUUCCCUCGCCAUCCACCGCCUCCCUCCGUAGAGAUUCCUAGCUUUUUCUCUCAGGGUAGUGAUGUAUCUGAUGCAUCCAGGAUACAAGUUUUCGCAACUGUCCGGCGGGAUACUGCGGCCAACACCUUUCCAGAAUUUGGCACACUCAACAGCCGCGCCUGGGCCACUCAGGAAUGGCUCCUGUCAAGGCGCAUAGUUUUCUUCACCAAGGGAACUAUCAUCUGGUCGUGCAAAGCCAUCACACAGCGCGAGACUGGUGAGAGAUGCUAUAGUAUAUCACGGAAUACACGCUGGAAGAACAUCAUAGAGCAGUACAGCGAUCGCCAGUUGACCUAUGCAACGGACAGGCUGAUUGCGCUCGAGGGCCUGCGGAUGGAGCUGGGAAAGAAGAUUGCGUGUGAAUAUGCCUUUGGUGUCUGGAAGGAAUCUCUUCCCAACCAAUUUCUUUGGCAAGUGACCAGGAUAAUAGACGGAGCAGCCAUUUCGGAUCCUCUCAAGUUGCCGACCUGGACAUGGGCACAUGUUCCAUGCGGCGUGCGAUUUCUAGCCAUUGACAGAGCCAAAAAUUUGUGUGGCUCCAUUGCUUUGGAAGACGACAACCCGAGGCGAAUGAGUCUCCAAGCACGAGCGAAACGCAUCUCGGCUGUCUCAACAGUCUUGGGCCCUAAGCAAGGGGAUGUCGUUACCGAGGCCAUCUACGCGGAUAUCAGCACAUCUCAUGCCAAGCUGACCAGCUCCAUGGCCAAAUUCAUACCGUCCCAAGAUGGCUCUCCCAUCGGAUGGACCGUCUUCGAUCUCGCCUCAGAAGAUGUCACCUCUGGAGAAGUCCUGGCCGUCGCUCUCAUGGGAAGCAUUAGCCGGCGAGACGAGGAAGCCGAGCGGCGCCUUGGGAAGACGGUCUCAAAGAAGCUUCGACACUAUUGGGUGCUGAUGAUACGACGAAGGAGUGAUGGCAGAUAUUAUAGAAUAGGAGUAGGGAAGACGUAUGGGCAACAGUGGUGGCAAGACGCCGCUGUUGGGACUUUUGAUUUGGUGUAG